UUUUGUUAAAAGCAUUGAGCAUCUAAUUUAUAAAAGUUAAAAGUUGAUUUGAAGCAAAGUAUUUUAUUAUAUUAUAUAUAUUAUGGUAUAAUUAUAACAAUAAUGGCGACUUGGAACGGUUCUACAGAAACUGGAAUUUUAAGAAAAACAAAUCAAACAGAAAAUUUCGAUGAUCUGCUUGUGUUUGGAUAUGCUUGUAAACUUUUCAGAGAUGAUGAAAAAGCCCUUUUCAUUGAUCAGGGCAAGCAUUUAAUACCAUGGAUGGGUGAUGAUACGCUGAAGAUUGAUAGGUAUGAUGGCCGUGGUACUUUAUCUGACUUAAGGCAAUAUGAGGCUAGUAGAGAAGGAUAUGAUGCUACUAGAUGGUUGGGAUUAAGUGAAAAAGAAAGAAAUGUUGAAGAAUUGUGUGAUAAGGAAAGAUACCAUUCCCUUAUUAUUAAUGAAGAAGAAGAACAAAUGUAUAAAGAAGAGGAGUUGAAGAGACAGAAGACAAAUAUGUUCCAGUAUAGUUAUGAUGUGCCUCAAAAUCCAGAUAUUCAAGAAGGUAUUCCUACAGUUCCUGAAGCAGAAGAAGAAUAUGUUCCUCCACCAAUUCUAGAUCUACCAGUAGAUAUUGAAUGGCCAAAAACAGUGAAGGAAAAUGCAAGAAUUGAGAAAACAGCAUUGUUUGUUUGCAAACAAGGACCACAAAUGGAAAUCCUCCUAAAAGCAAAGCAGGCAGACAACCCACAGUUUUCCUUUUUAAAUCAAGAUGGAAAGCUGUAUAAAUUUUAUAGACACAUCCUCUCAGCUUUUAAAAAUGGAAGGUACCAAGGAUAUGAAGCCCACACAAAAAGUAAAAACGAGAGCAUAUCAGAAAACCAGGACCAAGACUCCAAUUCACAUUAUUUGCAUCCAAGUCUAGUAUCAUCUUCAACAGCUGAACCGGCGGGUACCACUGCCAUAUCGAUCCCGCAGAUUCCGUACAAGCCGUCAGUGAACUGCGCUUACAGUCAACUGGUCAAUCGAAUCCAGGGUAACCAGGCGGAGACUCAAGAGACGCAGAAAAUACCGGAGUAUGAGCAGAUGACCUAUGAGCAGCAACAAUACUACCAGUACUACUACGUCCAACAGUAUCUGGAGUACUACAAACAGCUGGCGCUACAUUAUCAAGGCCAGGCUGGAAAUCCAGGUCAAUUCGUACCGCCGGCAGAUUUCCAAAGCUUGGAUCCGACUCUACAACAUUAUAUCCAACAAAUGGCGUACUCACAGUACCUGCAACAGUUUCAACAAUCAAACAAUUCAUACGCACAAAUCGUAUCAAAUGUAAACAAGGAAACAAAUCCCUACAUAGCAAAUGUACCUCAACUACCUCAGUUACCGGAAACGAUUAAAAACCAAGAAGAUGAAAGAACAGUCACAAUUGUUGGUGAACGAAAGAAAAUAGAAAAUAAACCUCUCCUUUCCCUCGCUGCCUAUGGAUCCGGCUCAGACAGUGAUUCCGAUGAUAGCACAGAAAGCGACGACAGAGAAGUACGAACUGUUACGAAAAUUGAAUCCGCAGCAGCACCAACUGAUGAAACCAAAAUUGUCAUAGACAAGAUGGCGCUGUACGUUUCCAAAAAUGGUGAACAAUUUGAAGAUAUUGUUAAUGCUAAAAAUGAUUCGAGAUUUGAGUUUUUACAACCAAGCCAUAAGUUUUAUAAGUAUUAUAAGGAAACUCUUAAGCGGUUUAUGGACGAAAACAAUAAAAACGGACAAGAAAAACAAGAAAGCAAUAAAGAAAAAGAGGUGAAGAAGCCGCCAAAAGAAAAAAAGGAAAGGAAAGUUAUAGCACCUGUAAGCUUUUCUAUUAAAAAAGCCAAAGAAGAACUCCCCAAAGAAAUAAAAAGUGCUUUACCUGUCGAGGAAAGUAGUGAUGAAGAGGAACAGGUGGCACCAGCUGAGAAUACGGAAUCACAAAAAUCUCCCACGCCUGCAGCGCCUCAUUUAUUGAAAAAUAUUUUGUGGAGGAUUGGUGAUGUACAGAAACCGGUGAUUCCACCUGCAGAAGUUCAAGAGACCGUUUCGCAAAAUGAAGAAGCUAAACUUAAACUUACUGAAGAAGUGAAGAACCCAAAGGAAAUAGGAAAGAAAAUUGUUAAUGUUAACGAAGAAGAUCCCAUUUUCGAAAUGAUGGAAUUUCUGGAUGGUGUAGAAAAGCAAGGUGCUAAAAAAGCUGAAGAUAAGACCAAGGACAAAUUAGCAGCGGUCAGAGACAAAUUGUCUGUUGCUGCGACAAAAGAUAAAGCUCUUCAGCUGGAACGAAAGAAAAAGGCUGCUGCCUUUUUAAAACUUAAGUCGGCAGAAACGAAUCACCACCCCGGCGAGAAAACUCCCGAGAGAAUAGAGAAAGAAAAAUCCCCGCUGCGUAGGGAUUCUGACUGUAUAGAAGUGAUAGAGUUGGAUUCUGAAGAUUCUCCGCCCAAGAAAAAGAAGCACAAGAAGGAUAAGAACAAAGAUAGGGAUGAAAGUAGAUCGAGGUCUAGAGAUAGAGAUCACAAAAAAGAAAAGAAGAAACAUAAAAACCGGGAUAAAAGGCGAAGUGAUAGUGAUGACGAGGAAGACGAAAACAAAAAGAGGAAGAAAAAGAGGAAAAAAUCCCAUAAAAGAAAACACUCAAAGAGUCGCUACGAAUCAAAAUCAAAAAAGAAAUCGAAAAAACGUCAUAAGAAGUCUGAAUCAGAAAGUUCCAACAGCUCUGAUAGUUCAUCAUGACAUCGAAAUGAUUUUGUACAACGAUUGAUCAUGUUAUGCAAUAAAUCAAAUAGAUGACUUGGAGAACAACAGCAAGAAAUGUUCGUUUUUAAUCUACGAAGUUUAAAUCCUGAAUGUCACACGGAAUUAAUGAACAAGUGGAGGUUAAAAGUAAUGAUUGAAAUCAGCAUAUCGUGAAUAAAUUUUGAUUUUAAGUGAGGAUUUAAUCUGAUCGAAUUUUUGUUCAUAAAAAGUUAUAGAAUUUUAUCAGGUGUUACAUUACAUACCUAACCCUACACUGCACUAUAAACCAUUUUUCAGUAUUUUCGUAUUCAGUGCUUUAUAUAGACUUUUUUAGAGGAAAAUCAUCAUUUUAGUCUAAGAUCCAUAAAUCUAUCUACAUUUUCUACAGUUUUUUUGCCCCUCUAUAUCUAAUCCCAUAAACAAUUGAGAACUAGGUUAUCAAUUUUACAAUCUUCUAUUCUAAUUAAACCACCUCAAUAGGGUAAAUCGACAUGUCAUUCACAUUUCGCUUUUUUUUUAGAUGAUAGGCAUUAAAAUAAUGUGUCUACUUUUAUUUAUGUUAUGAUCAGGCCUGGACGUAAUUUUUUAUUACAACCAAACAGCAUCUUGUACUAUUAGCAAUCUUUUUAAAGAAAACUGAAACACCCGAUUCUCCAAAUCUAUUUUUAUUUUCCUGUAGGGAUUUCCCAGCUUUCCUUUAAAUAUUUUCUUUCGCAAAUUAAAAAAAAGGUGACAUUCAGAAUUCUUUACUUUCAUAACCAUUUUUAUAGGUAAUUUCUCUAUAAAUUUUACUAGUUAUAUUUGUAAAAUAUUUAUUAUCAAUUUGUACAUAACAGGUUUGUAAAAAAG